UUUUAUGCUAGGUUUUUGAUGGUCUCUGUACUGUUUUAAUAAUAUCAUCAUUCCUACGGAGUGCCUCUUCUUUGAACAUUCCAGUUGCUGAUCUCUGGUCGCCAUUUUUUGUUUCGAUCUAAAGCAGGCCAGCCAGCCAGUUAGACAAUCAGGCAUACAGACCAUCCUUUACUUGUUGAUAGCGUAAAAGAAACCAGCCAUGGACGAGGAAGACCAUACUGAGGAACAGACUGAGGAGUCUCCAGCAUCUGGCUUCAUGCAAUCAACCGAAGAGACUAGCCAGAUAGAAACUGUGGAGGAACCUGCUGCUCCGAUAGAAACUGUCGAGGAACAUACUCCGAUAGAGACUGUUGUGGAACCUCCUGCUCCGGUGGAGACAACCGAAAUUCCCAGCAAUGAAUCAACUGGUGGCGAUGAGGGAACCGGAUCAUCGUUCGAAGGUGCAGAUGAGGCUAAAGUCAAGAUGGAGGCUAAGAAAAUUAGAGAUAAGGAAAAGCAGGCACAAGAAAUGGCAGAAUAUGAAGAAAUGAGGAGAGACGAGAGAGAGAAAGAGGAGAGGGAGAUCAAAGAACUGAGGGAAAGAAGAGAACGCCGUAGGAAGGAACGCCAGGAAGAAGAGAAAAGAUUAACUGAGUUGAGGAAGAUCGAAGAAGCACGUCGUAAGGGAGAAGAGGAAGAAAAGAAAAAGAAAAAGAAGGAAGAAGAGCAGACCAAGAAAGAGGAACGUGAGAAGAAGCUGAGAGAGGCUGAAGAACGUCUCAAGCCCAAGAAGCCAAACUAUGUUAUUGCCAAGAAGGGAGGAGAAGAAGGCGGACCUAAAGAGCCAACAAGUAAAGAGGACAUGCAAAAGUCUAAAGAACAACUUGAGGAAGAAAAGAGAGCUAUUUUGGCUCAGAGAAUACAACCUUUGGCUAUUGAUGGGUUGAAUGCUGAGAAGCUGAGGGAGAAGGCCAAAGAGCUGCAUGAUCAUCUUCGAAAGUUGGCUAGUGACAAGUUCGACUGUGAAGAGAACUACAAAAGGCAGCAGAAAGACCUUAUUGAACUCGCCGAGAGAGCUAGACAACUUAGCAAGGGCAAGGGAAAGAAGACAUCAGGAGACGUUCAGAGAGUUGAUGACUCUUUUGACAAUUUGGCAGAUAAAUAUGCAGGUUGCCCUCCCAAAAUCUUACUUCAUAGCAAAUAUGAACGUCUCACAGACCACAGAAGUUAUUGUGAACGAAAAGAUUUGUACGAAAAAGUAAGUAAAGAAUUAGAAGAACUGAUAGACAAAGACAGGAAGAUCAAAGAACACCAAAGAACUGUACGCCACAAAGUUGGAGAAGGUGGUGAAGGUGAAGGUGAAGGUGAAGAAGUUCCUCAGGAGGAAGAAGUUGAAGCUUAAAUGAACUAAUUAAACAACUUUCAAACAACAAUAUAAAAAUGAUUUUUAAAAUGUAUUAAAAACAUAUAGUUAGUUCAAAGAAAUCUUUAACGUUUGAGUGUGACCUGCUUUUUCUUAUCAAGAUCAGUAUUCUUACCAAUUCGAAACAACUGAUGUCCAACUUAAUAUCUGGUUGGACAGUAAGCUACAGAUCUUGACCUCAGAACAAACUGACCAACUCUCUGAUCUCUAUCUUCCUUGCCCCCUUUAAAAACCUUAAUUCUGCUGACAAGCGACUUCUAGGACACUCUGAAGAAAUAGAGAGAAGCAAAGCAGAGAAAAAUAAUUGACUACCAUCUGAAAAUCUGACGGGUAUUGGUUCAAAAAUUAAGAUCAACUAUAAUAAAAACUUCCAUUUGAUUGCUUUAGCAGUAUAAAAAUGGAUUCAAUAUUACAUGAAAAUAAUGAAAAAAUUAAUCGUGUAAUUGAAUAGAAUCACGCAUAUAUAGAUAUGUUUGUCAGGUGACCUAGACUUCUUUUUCUCUGUUUUCAACAUCUAGUCGCUAUUUUCAGCAGCUAUUUUGAUGCCGUUCAAGAAACUUUAUACAUCGCAUUUGUUGAAAUAUGUCGCUCAACGUAUUAUUUUUCACCAUGUUUGUUGUCGUCAAUUAUAACAGAUCAGUUUCUAUUGUAUGGCAUAAUAAAAUAUUAAGUGGAAUUUAAUAUUCAUAAUAAAACGAAAGAACACAAUUACUUAAGAGUUCCUUAAUUUUCUUUUACUCUCACUGAUGGAAGCUGACCAUUUCGGUUCACAAAACAGAACCCAUGUUUAUAUCGAUAACAACAAUAAUAGACAACAAAUCAUUAAAGAACACUGAAAUAUAUAAGAAGCAUUUAGAAAAGAAAACCUAUUUAUUGUGUGUAUGUUAAAUGCUGUUCUCAUUUCUUGUUAAAUAUUGUUGUUUAUCAAGCUGUCACUGAGAGGGAAAGAGAAGGAACGUCUCUAUAUAUGUAUUACCUUCAAACUAAAUAAAGAGUGUGACCUAUUCCCCACUUCAAAA